AAAGUUGGAAGAGGGUCGCGGCCGCCUAAUUUUGGCUGAAAACAUUCUCAAUGUCCAAUCAAACAUCACGUAGCCAACAUCACCAAGCUUCAACCAUACGGUGAUUCUCAACUGAGAUUCUGUAUUAUGAAAGGAGUCUCAAUUCCUUACUCAAUAGCCUACCCAUCAAUCCACGGGCGAACUCGAAGAACGUCGCAUCAUUUAAGAACGCAUUCUAGUGUCUCGAAACUCGCAUCUUACCAAUGGCAGAUAGCGCUCCUAGAGAAGCCGAGGCGGAGCGCCGCGAGGCCCUCGACAUCCUUGACGCAAAAGCCUCUCGACUAGUAGAGCAAAUUAAGAAGAGCAAGCAUUUUAUCGCCUUCACCGGUGCAGGUAUCUCCACCUCUGCAGGAAUCCCCGACUUCCGCGGGCCUGAAGGUGCUUGGACACUGAGAGCCCAAGGAAGGCAGAGAACGGGCAAGACGACGAGUACGCUCCAGACCAUUCCUACGAAGACGCACAUGGCGCUCGUUGAGCUGCAGGACCGUGGCAUCUUGAAGUAUCUUGUCAGCCAGAACUGUGACGGCUUGCAUCGCAAGAGUGGUAUUCUACCAGAGAAGAGUUCGGAGCUUCAUGGCAAUAGCAACCGCGAGUAUUGCAAGGAUUGCGGUAAAGAGUAUCUACGGGACUUCCGCGCCGUGGCAACCUACGAAAAGACGGUCCACGAUCACCGCACCGGUCGAAAGUGCGCAGUCUGCAACGGCACCCUCCUCGACACCAUCAUCAACUUUGGCGAGUACCUCCCCGCAGAACCCCUCGCCCUCGCCCGCUCCAACGCCAGAAAAGCAGACCUCUGUCUCGCCCUCGGCUCGUCCCUGACUGUGCCGCCCGCAUGCACGAUCCCCGACACCGUCGGGAAGAAGAAGCGUACCAAGACGAAUCCCGCUGGCGGGACCCUCGUGAUUUGCAACCUGCAGAGCACGCCGCUUGAUCACUUGAGCGAGUCGCUGCGGGUUUGGGCCACGACGGACGAUUUGAUGGUCAGGGUUAUGGAGAAGCUGGAUAUCUCUAUCCCGAGAUUCGUGCUUCGUCGUCGGUUGGUGAUGGAGAUUGAGAUGACUGCCGAGGGGAGGUAUCAGAUUACGGCGAGGGGCGUCGAUGUGGGCGGCACGCCUGCGACUUUUUUGCAGUCUGUUAGGAUGCAGGGUAACAGGCGCGUCGCGAGGACCGAGCCGUUUACCAUUCCUUUCCGGGGCGAGUUGGCUGCUGUAGAGGAGGUGAAGGUGGAGCUGGAGUUUAUGGGACACUAUGGCGAGCCCAAUUUGGACAUUGUGAUGGAGUACAACGGCGAGGAGAAGCUUGAGAGGAUAUACCUGCUCGAGUAUGAUCCUUCGACUGGGGCGUGGACAGUCAGCAGACAAGAUGAUGGAACUCUUGCCGGGCGGGGCGGCACUGCCGAGACAAAUGAGGACAUGGAGGAUUCGCUGAUGAUCUCGGCCGAGGAGGCGGGUGUGCCUAGCCAUAUCAUUGCUUCUUCUGCCGCCAGUGAGAUCAUCGACCUCACAUCACCGUAAGGCAUGUACGAGAGUAACGGCCAGGCAGGAAUGGGUUGCGUGCUUGCAAAUCGACACGUUCGCCAUUGGCCCCGGUGGACCGAUAAGAGUCCUCAGCUUUUCCUGUAUUGAGGACCUUGUGGUCUAGGCUGCCCACAGAAUGUCAAACUCUUGCUGCUUAAGCUUUUGAAAAGUGAUGUUUUCACGAGAAUUAUUGAGUCACUUGCCAGG